UUCUUGCUCUGCACUGCUCCCAGCUGGUCAGUCAGCCACACGGGACGAGAGAGAUCGGCGAAGAAGGAAGCAAGUAUGCCUAGCGCGGGGCUGUCGGCGGGGUCGAACAAGGUGGACGUGGCCAUCGACCUCGGCAACCCGCUCCUCAACCGCACCGUCGACGGCUUCCUCAAGAUCGGCGCCGUCGGCGCCUGCAGGGUGGUCGCCGACGACGCCUUCGACUGCAUCCACAGGGGGGAUAUCUCGAAGCGCCAGCUUGAAGAGACGCUGAAGAAAAUGUGCAAGGAGGGUGCAUAUUGGGGUGCUGUUGCUGGGGUGUAUGUAGGCAUGGAGUAUGGGGUGGAAAGGGUCCGUGGUGACCGUGACUGGAAAAAUGCGUUGCUAGGAGGCAUUGCAACCGGUGCCCUGGUCUCUGCCGCGAGCAACAACAAAGGGAACAAGAUCGCCCAGGACGCCAUCACCGGAGGCGCCAUCGCGACCGCCGUCGAGUUCAUCAACUACCUCACCUAGCUGUGAGGCCAUCCAUAUUCGCAGCUAUGUUUUUAUCGGACAAGACUGAAUAAGAACUUCUUGACUGAAGCCAAGCCAUCACCCUCUGUGUUAAUAAUUGGAGCCGUUUCCUCCAAUGUUCUUCCAUUUUCUGUUGCCUGCGUUCUCAUGUCCAUGUUCUGAAUAAUUUAUUCUCCUUCGUGGUUUGCAUCCUUCA